UUGGAUACAGUAGACAUAUUUUUAUUUUAGAAUAUGGCAUAGAGGAAAAACAUAAAAAAAAUAUACAAACACAUAAAUAUAUAAUAAAUACAAACAACUUUAGGAUAUUGGCCUAAUUUCAAGACGAUGAAUGACAACAGUAUAGACACAUUAAUUUUCUGGUGAUGUUGGACGAGGAGGAACAGGACGUGGAGGAGGCUUUGGAUUAUUGGGGCGUGGCCGUCUACAUAGCAAUUGAAAUCGAUCGUCCAUUACAAUCAAUAUUGGUUUUGUAUAAAGUGUAUAGCACAAAACAAAAAAAUUUUGAACCUGCACACAAGAUUUGGCGUUGUCUAUACUACAAUUAAUGGAGAAAUGGUAUCAUACAUAUAUAUUGUGUAUUCAAUGGGGUUCCAAUCGUUUAUUUUGAACUUUGUUGAAUACAGUAAGAAGAGGAUAUGCAGUAUAUCAAUCUAUCUCUUUUUUUGUGUAUCUUCUAGAUUGGCUUGGGGGAAAGAUGUAGACAGAUAUAAAGAAAAGAAAGAAGGAAAGUAGAAUGAAAGAAAUCUUGAAAAAGUUCGGUAAUGGGUAUUUAUAUAAAAUUAGGAGGUUUAAAUCUCUAUUUGUUUUUGAAAAGUGGCACAAUAUGAGAGCCA